GAUUUCAGAGAUAGCACAUAGCAGUUAUGAGAGUCAAUGGUGUUGGGUAAGAUUGUUGUUCUUCAGCAACACAUUCAGCUGUAGAGCCAAAGAGAUAGAGAAGCAGAAAUGGAAUGGUGCGAGUCGAUGCCGAAAGUGGAGCUUCAUGCUCAUCUCAAUGGCUCCAUCAGAGACUCUACUUUACUGGAGCUUGCCAGAGAGUUGGGUGAGAAGGGCGUCUUAGUGUUUUCUGAUUUCGAGCAUGUCAUCCUCAAAAGUGACCGUUCUCUUGUUGAAGUGUUCAAGUUGUUUGACCUGAUCCACAUGGUCACCACUGAUCAUACAACUAUUACGAGAAUCACCAGAGAAGUUAUUGAAGACUUUGCUUCUGAGAAUGUUGUUUACCUUGAGUUAAGAACAACUCCAAAGAAAAACAAGUCAAUUGGAAUGACCAAACGGUCAUACAUGGAAGCAGUUGUGGAAGGUCUGAAAAGUAUCAGUAGCGUCGAUGUUGCUUUCAUGCCACAUGAUGUUGAUGCCCGAAGUUCGUUGAAUUCUCUGCCUAUAGACAAUGCUAGAAAUGUUACUCCAAGAAAAAGGAUAUAUGUUAGACUUCUUUUGAGCAUUGACCGACGAGAGACGACUGAGGAUGCCAUGGAAACUGUGAAACUUGCACUGGAAUUGAAAGAUGUGGGAGUAGUUGGUAUUGAUCUUUCAGGAAAUCCAAUUGUGGGUGAAUGGACCACCUUUUUGCCUGCUCUUCAAUUUGCAAAAGAAAAUGGCCUUGACAUAACACUUCACUGUGGCGAGGUACCUAAUCCGAAGGAGAUACAAGCUAUGUUAGACUUUUGGCCUCAGAGGGUUGGCCAUGCGUGUUUCUUUCAAGGAGAAGACUGGGAGAAACUGAAACGUUUGAACAUUCCGGUUGAAAUUUGCUUCACAUCCAACAUCAGGACCAAUUCAAUUUCUUCAAUAGAUGUUCAUCACUUUGCUGACUUGUAUAAAGCAAACCAUCCUUUAGUAAUCUGCACUGAUGAUUCUGGGGUUUUCUCCACCAGCGUUUCAAAAGAAUACAGUUUGGCAGUCUCUGCGUUUGGUCUUGGAAAAAGGGAAAUAUUUCAGCUGGCAAGAGAUGCUAUUGAAUUCAUAUUUGCAGAGGAUGAAGUAAAGACUAUUCUGAAACAGAUGUUCGAUUCUUUCGUAACAAACCUGGCUCGAUAAUCAUAAGUGCAUUUGAGAUGCGCGGGAGCGAUUAAUCAUGGUUUUUGUGUUGGAAGGCACAUUACAUUACAUAAAUUUCUGAAGCCAUAUUCAGCAUUCUUGGAUGAUUAAUGGAAAUCUGAUCAAUUGAAGGGGCUUCUACUUGUCUGGUCUUGUCUGUUCCCUAACCCUCUACUAUUUUCUCUUCUGAACACUUCCUGUUAAUUUAGAUAUAGGUUUUAGAAUUGGUUCACUUGCUAUUUGAGACAAAUUUCUUUCACUUUCUAGACCCAAAAACAGUUUCAAGCUUCAGAGAAAAGAACGCUGUAGUUUUCAGUUUAUUAUGACUUAAAUAAAAGAAUAAAAUUACAGCAUGUUGUGACUCAA